AUGAGAGAAAUCGUUCAUAUUCAAGUUGGUCAAUGUGGUAACCAAGUUGGUAAUAAAUUCUGGGAAGUCAUCUCUCAAGAGCACGGUAUUCAGCCAGACGGUACCCACAAGGCAACCAAUGAUGCCCACCUCUCAAAGUUGCAAUUAGAGAGAAUCAAUGUAUACUAUAACGAAGCCAGAGACAAGAAGUACGUUCCACGUGCUGUCUUGGUCGAUUUGGAGCCAGGUACCAUGGAUUCAAUUCGUGCCUCAACCAACGGUUCAUUGUUCCGUCCAGACAAUUUCAUCAACGGUCAAUCCGGUGCUGGUAACAAUUGGGCUAAGGGUCAUUAUACUGAGGGUGUCGAGUUGGUCGAUUCCGUUCUUGAUGUUGUCCGUCGUGAAGCCGAGUCAUGUGACUGCUUGCAAGGUUUCCAAGUUACUCACUCCAUUGGUGGUGGUACUGGUUCUGGUAUGGGUACCCUCUUGAUCUCCCGUAUCCGUGAAGACUACCCAGAUCGUAUGAUGUGUACCUUCUCUGUUGUUCCAUCACCAAAGGUAUCACUCUCUGUCACUGAACCAUAUAACGCUACUCUCUCUGUCCAUCAAUUGGUCGAGAAUGCCGACGAGGUCAUGUGUAUCGACAAUGAAGCUUUACAUGAAAUUUGCUUCCGUACAUUGAAGCUUACCAACCCAACCUACGGUGAUUUGAAUCAUCUUAUUUCUUCAGUAAUGAGUGGUAUCACUUGUUGUCUCCGUUUCCCAGGUCAACUUAACAGUGAUUUGAGAAAGCUUGCUGUAAAUUUAAUUCCAUUCCCACGUCUUCAUUUCUUCUUGGUUGGUUUCGCUCCACUUCUUAACAGCGUUAACUCUGGAUACCAACGUAUCUCUGUCACCGAUUUGACUGCACAAAUGUUCGAGGCCAAGAAUAUGAUGGCUGCUUCUGACCCACGUAACGGUAAAUACUUGACUGCCUCCGCUGUAUUCAGAGGAAAGUGUCACACCAAAGAAGUCGAUGAGCAAAUGCUUGCCAUCCAAUCUAAAAACUCAUCAUUCUUUGUUGAAUGGAUUCCAAACAAUAUUAAAUCAUCUAUUUGUGAUAUCCCACCAAGUGGUUUGCCAAUGUCAGUCACCUUUAUCGGUAACUCAACUGCCAUCCAAGAUCUCUUCAAGCGUAUUUCCACCCAUUUCACUGCUAUGUUCAAGCGUAGAGCUUUCCUUCACUGGUACACCCUCGAAGGUAUGGAAGAGUUGGAGUUCACUGAAGCCGAGAGCAACAUGAACGAUCUCGUAUACGAAUACCAACAAUACAACGACGUCUCCAACGAUGACGAAAUGGAGAACGGAAAUGAAGAGUUGGUUGAGGAAGCUGAAGAGAACUAA